CGUAAUCGCCGUAAACGCAAACCUCGUAAAACCCAUAAAACCACUAAUCUCGACACCACCUCUGUUAUUAAUUUGUCCCAAACCCCUCUUUCUAAUGACGAAUUAUUGGUUCUCGCUCGCGGCUUAACCUUUUGCCCCACACCUAAACGUAUUAAUUUGGCAGAAUUAUCUGCUGAUAUUAACGACUUCACGCGACGCAUGCGUUUAAAAGAAUAUUUUCAUGAUCACAAUAACAGCACUCAACCUAACGAGCACAACCCAUUUCACAACAAAAGCUCAUGGACGCCUCCUACUGAUCGAGACCCUGCACUUAACACGUACGUAGACGCCAUUAAACAUGACAUCCUUACAGUUAAUCGUAAUCACAUCACCGACAACUUGACAAAAGAGGAACGACAAGCAUUACGCAACCUCAAGAAGCGACAAGACAUAAUAAUCAAACCAGCUGACAAAGGCUCGGGAACGGUUGUUAUGGACAAAUCGUGGUACAUAGACGAAUGCAACCGACAGUUAAAUGACGCUAAAUUCUACAGACAACUAGACGGGGACAUUACUGAUACUAUUCAACAGCGUGUUACGGUCUACAUUGAACGUAUGUUUAACGACGGUUACAUUGACGAAAAGACUAAAAAGUACGUAGUACAAACACACGUGAAACCAGGACGUUUUUACAUACUACCUAAAAUACAUAAAACUGGAAAUCCUGGACGCCCCAUAGUUUCAUCUAACAGCCACCCUACUGAACGCAUCUCACAAUUUGUUGACUACUACAUUAACCCUCUCGUCUCUACCUUGGAUUCACACAUUAAAGACACUACUGACUUCCUUAAUAAACUUUCUAACCUCGGUAACCUACCUAACAACGCUAUUCUUGUAACUCUUGAUGUGUCAUCGCUCUACACCAACAUUCCACACAAUCAAGGAAUUGAUGCAUGCCGUCAUUUUCUUGAUACCCGCCCUAACAAACACAUCCCCACAGAGACACCUUGUGAUCUCCUACGCAUGAUUCUCACCAUGAAUAAUUUCACAUUUAGCCAACAGCAUUAUCUUCAAAUCCAUGGUACUGUUAUGGGUACUAAAAUGGCUCCUUCUUUUGCUAACCUUUUUCUUGGUAUGUUCGAAACCAACGCUCUCACAGACGCCCCUUGGCAGCCUCACACAUGGUGGAGAUAUAUCGAUGAUAUUUUCGUGAUCUGGACAGAAGGUUCAGAUCGUUUGAAAAUAUUCGUCGAUUAUCCCAAUAACAUUCAUCCCACUGCUAAGUUCACUAGCUCUCACUCACUUACUAACGUUCCUUUUCUCGACGUCAUGGUGUCUCUACAUAACGGUAUAAUUGAAACUGAUCUAUUUACUAAACCCACGGAUAAACAUCAGCACCUUCUCAGCUCAUCAUGCCAUCCUCACCACACUAAGAAAGCCAUUCCGUUCAGCUUAGCCCUCCGCCUCCGCCGCAUCUGCUCUACAGACGCUAAGUUUAAACAUCGCAUUAAUGAACUUAAAACAUAUCUCCUUGCUCGUGGUUAUAAUAAUAAUUUCCUAGAAAAACAGUUCCUACGCGCUGCUAAUAUUUCUCGUACUAACGCGUUACAGACUAAACCCAAAGCUUCUAACGAUGUUGUACCAUUUGUUGUCACAUAUAACCCAGCACUUCCACGCAUUUCUAAUAUCCUACGCAAACAUUUUAACAUCUUACACUCCUCUAACCGUUGCAAAGACGUCUUUAAGCAACCGCCUUUUGUUGCUUACAGACGUAGCUCUAAUCUUCGUGACCUUUUAGUUAAAGCACAACUACCCGUUAACUCCACCAAUCAUUUUCCGCCGGGCUCCUUCCGCUAUGGACAGAAUUGUGCCACUUGUCCAUACAUUACUAACGGCCUAACAAGUUAUACCUUUUUCGCUACAGGUGAAACACGCUCCAUCACUUCACACAUUACUUGUAACACUAAAAAUGUUAUCUACAUGGUUCAAUGUAACCGUUGUAAUUUACAAUAUAUAGGUGAAACUAAGCGACGUCUCAAGGACAGAUUUAACGAACACAGACGUGCAGUCGACAAAACUAACAUUAAAUCUAAACCCACUACUGUUUCUGAAUACUUUCUUUCUCACUCUAACCAUUCUCAUACUGACAUGCAGUUAAUCCCACUAGAGAAAAUUCAUUCUUCACGUGACUCAGUUUGUAAGGCCAGGGAGUCGCAUUUGAUAGAUAAGGCCAUGACUCUUGAACCUCAUGGCCUAAACCGCCGUGACGAAUUAUUGUAA